UCAGGAUUAACAGCCAGUUGCAGGAAAAGUGAAGUCACACUUGCUGCAGCUGAAGACCAACUGCUGCAAUUUGUAACACAGCACACAGAAAAGGGCAAGGCUCCCCUGGCUGGUAACUCUGUUCAUGCUGAUAAGAAGUUCCUUGACAAAUACAUGCCAAAAUUGAUGAAACAUCUCCAUUAUCGUAUUGUUGAUGUCUCAACUGUAAAAGAGUUGUGCAGACGUUGGUACCCAGAAGAGUUUGCUUCAGCUCCUACAAAGAAGGUGGCUCACAGAGCCCUUGACGAUAUUAAGGAGAGCAUUGAAGAACUGAAGUACUACAAGUCAGCAAUAUUUAAGUGAAAUAUAAAACUCUUUUGUCUGUUUUGUUGCAGUUAUUGUUUUGUCAGCAGUAUUUAUAUGAAACUGUGCUUCAAUGUUCCUUUCAAAAUAUAUCAUUGUUAUCUUGAAAUAAAAUGAUGCAGACA